AUGGUGCGUCAGAUGAAACGCGUAUACAACGACAAGUUAGCGGGAGUUGAUUUUUUUUAUGAGUUCAUCGAAAAUUAUACCGAAAACCAGCAAUGCCAGAUAAGCAGCCUCCUCAUUUCGUUGGAAGAGGCUAAGAGUAACUUCGAAAGUGCGAGAGAAAAGUUACUAACGGAACACGAAGAAUGUGAUACGGUGGAACUUUUGACCGAAAAACAAGCCUUCUACGGGAAGUUCCAUCGGGUGAAGGGCUUUCUGUUGGAGAAGCAAGAUGGGGCGGACGGCCAUAGGCCGGCUGCAAAUAGUACAAUGGCGAAUGCAAGUUUUACAAAUUCGCAAGUGAGGCUUCCCAAAAUCGAUUUACCGGCGUUCGAUGGUGACAAAACAAAAUGGAUGAGCUUCAAGGAUCGCUUCACUGCAAUGGUUCACGAUGCAGAGUUGUCGGACAUAAUGAAGCUGCAAUAUUUGUUGGCUUCGCUAAAAGGAGAUGCUGCCAGGUUAUUCGACCACGUAAAGCUUGUAGAAGGAAACUACAACAGUACGUGGCAAGCUUUGUUGGAGCGGUUUGAUGAUGCGAAGAUGCUGAAACGGGACUACUUCAAGGCGUUGGUGGAUCUGCAACCGAUGGCUGCCGCAACGGCGGAGGAAUUGACUCGUAUCGUCAACGAAUCGAAGCGCUUAGUGCUUGGGAUGGACAGAUUGCAGGAGCCUGUAUCUUCCUGGGAUACCCCAUUAUCAAGUCUGGUAAGAUACAAGUUCGACGAGCAAACACUAAUGGCUUUCGAACUUAUUGCAGCCGAGCAGAAGACGGAUACCUUUAAGGCAUUGAUGGAGUUUUGUGAGCGGCGCAUCAAGAUUUUGACAAACUCGGUCGUCCACACGCAAAACAGGAUCGAUACGAGGCCGGCAACCAGGGGAACAAAUCAUGAUCAUCAAAAUACUCGAAAGCCUACACAAAGACCGUAUCCAGCUUCAAUGUCCUGUGCAGCUCAGACAGGCAACAUGCUCAGAGGGUGUGUGUUGUGUAAGGCCGAUCAUCAUAUCGCAAGAUGCGAGAGAUUUGCAAAGAUGUCGUUGUCAGAGCGCCAACAGAUUGCGAAGGUUGAGUCUUUGUGCUUCAACUGCUUGGGAAAGGAGCAUCAAGCAAGAUUCUGUAAGGCCCAGUCAAGAUGCGGAAACUGUCAGAAACGACAUCACACCUUAGUAUGCAACAAAACCAAUCCGAUUACCCCGAGAACAGAGAGCAGCAUAAGCGCCACCACGUACAUACCAGCUCCAGUUGAUUCGCAGCCUUCACAAGAGAAAAUGAUUUGGUUGUCAACGGCUCAGGUGUUGAUUUGCAAUGAUGAAGGUAGAGAAUUUCCAGCUAGAGCGUUGCUGGACCAGGGGUCGCAAUCCAACUUCAUGAGCGAACGGUUGGUACAGCAGUUGAAGCUGAAGAAAAGGCGACUAAAUAAACCUUUGUCCGGCAUCGGAGCAGUUUCGCUAAAGGCAGAGACGAUGGUGGUAGCUACCAUGAAAUCACGAGCGUCAACCUUUGUGUCUCGAGUGAAUUGGUUGGUGCUGCGAAACAUAACAGCCAACUUUCCAGCGCAAACUCGGAACACGGAGUCCUGGAACAUUCCCCAAGCACUGAUAUUGGCAGAUCCAGCAUUCUUCCGGAGUGAGCGGAUAGACCUUCUGAUUGGUGCAGAGUUAUUUGGCGAGUUGCUCCAACAAGGUCAAUUAAAGUUAGCACCUCACUUGCCAAAGCUCCUGGAGUCCAGCCUUGGUUGGAUUGUAUGCGGCAGGGAAGAACGAGUCUCUGAAGAUGCAGCUGAGGUCGUCUGUUCCUGUUUGGCUGACAACGAUCUUGGGGCAAUAUUUGAGAAGCUGGCUAGUCUGGAAGCGAUACCGGAAGAACGUGUACGGUCCGAGCAAGAUGAGGAAUGUGAAAACCUUUAUCUAAACACAACGAGGCGCACCGAGUCGGGAAGGUAUGUCGUUAACUUGCCCAAGGUAGCCAACUUCGAACAAAGGCUGGGAGACUCACUUCAACCAGCAUUGAAAAGGUUAGCGGCCAUUGAAAGGCGUAUGAUCAAGGAGCCGAACCUGGGUGCCGCGUACAAGGAAUUUAUGUCCGAAUACAUCAGACUAGGGCAUAUGACAAAGGUGUCAACUUAUGUAGAAGAUAAGAUGGCAGAGGGCACGCCACGGUUUUACCUACCGCACCAUGCAGUUUGGAAGACUGAUGGAUUGACGAAAAAGUGUCGAGUGGUGUUCGAUGCAUCAUGCCGUUGUGGUACCGGGCUAAGCUUAAACGACAUUUUGUUGACUGGACCGCGAUUACAAGACGACAUAGAAGUCAUUCUUCUCAGAUUCAGGAUGAGGCCUGUGGCCUUUGUGGCUGAUGUAGAAAAAAUGUAUCGGCAGGUCUUGGUGGCGGAAGAAGAUAAAAAUCUACAACGAAUAUUAUGGAGAGAAACCGCCAAUGAUCCAGUUGGGGUCUACGUUCUGAAUACGGUAACGUAUGGGACCGCGUGUGCACCCUUCCUAGCAAUCAGGACAUUAUUUAAGAUUUUCGAAGAUGAAGGGCAUCAGUUUCCCAUGGCGUCACGCUGCGCGAAUGAUUUCUAUGUUGACGACAUCUUGUCCGGCGCAGCGACCAUAGAGGAAGCGGGAAACAUGGUAAAGGAGCUCAGUGAGUUGCUCAGCAUGGGAGGGUUUGGCCUCCGCAAGUGGGCUUCCAAUGAGCCAGAAGCACUUGCAGCAAUCACACCAGAGCACAUCGCGAAGGCAGGAAAUUAUGAGUUUGGGACGGAGCCUACAGGUACGGUGUCCACAUUGGGCUUGUCGUGGAACACAUCGUCGGACGUCUUGAGUGUUCAAGUUAGGCUACCGCCACAGAUUGAAACCCUACGCACGAAACGGCAGGUAUCGGGAUGCCUCGCGAAAGUAUAUGAUCCAUUAGGAUUCCUCGAUCCUGUUAAGAUGAAGGCAAAGCUGCUUUUGCAACGUAUAGUAACUUUGAAGGAUGCCAAGGGAAAACGCUGGGACUGGGACGAUGUGUUACCAGAAGGCUUGUUUGCAGAAUGGAUGGCCUUCUUUCCCCAACUUACGGCACUAUCAAAGAUAGAAGUUCCAAGACCAGUGGUAACGGAUAGCAGUAUGGAAAAACAAGUGCAUAUAUUCUGCGACGCAUCGGAAAGGGGGUAUGGAGCUUGUUGUUACAUCCGUUGUCAGAAAGUUGGCGAAAAGGCGACAGUGAACUUUUUUAUAUCGAAAUCGAAGUUGGUAUCGUUGAAGCAAAAGAUAACGAUCGCUAGAUUGGAGUUAUGUGCAGCGCUCUUGGGCAGCAACUUAUAUCGGUUAGUGAAGAAGGUCCUGCCGGAAGAAGUACCUGCCUUUUUAUGGACGGAUUCCAUGACUGUGUGGCAUUGGGUGAAUUCUCCUCAUGGAAAUUGGAAGACAUUCGUAGCGAAUCGCACAUCAAAGAUCCAGCGGAACGCGGAAGGAGCUCAAUGGAGACACGUGCCGGGAGUCGAGAACCCGGCGGAUCUGGUGUCUAGAGGUGUGGAUCCGGAGGCACUUAUCGACACCAAGCAAUGGUGGUCGGGGCCAACAUGGCUCUCCUUGGAGGAAGAAUCGUGGCCAGCAUUGCCAAACAAUGCAAAGGCAUUGGAACCUACAGGAGAAGAACGAGCAACAGCGGUACUAGCCUCUUCGCUUGACGAAGAGAACUUUAGUGACCGACUCUACUCCCUGUGCUCCACAUACACGAAGCUGCGCAGAGUUGUGGGAUAUUGUCAGCGAUAUCUCCACGCUCUAAGGUCGCAUGCAAAACCAACGUUAGAGGAAAUGGCACCGUUGACCACGGAGGAUUUAAGGAAGGCGGAGUCAACGCUUUGCCGCUUGGCACAGAGGGAGCAGUUGGCGGCAGAGCUGGACACGUUGAAGAAAGGAAGGAGUUUGCCGAGUGCUUCGGGCUUGAGGUUCUGCGAUCCAUUUCUGGGCAAAGAUGGAUUGAUUCGUGUCAAGGGACGGCUUCAGAACGCGCAUAUGAGUGAGGCAGCAAAGCAUCCCAUAAUAAUUCCCAAAGGACAUCCGUUGGCGAGGUUGUUGGCGUUACAUUACCAUGUUAACUUGCUUCAUGCUGGGCCACAGUUGAUGUUGACCUCAUUACGACAACGAUUUUGGAUCAUGGGAGUGAGGUCAGUGGUUCGGCAAGUGCAGCGGCAGUGUGUCAGCUGCUUCAAGAAUAAGCCGAAGCUGGUGGUGCAACCAAUGGGAGAGUUACCUGCAGCAAGAGUAGCGGAAGCGAGACCGUUUGCCAUAUCGGGUGUGGAUUACUGCGGCCCAGUGUACAUCAAGGGCGGUCAUAGGAAGGCAGCACCCACAAAGGCAUACAUCGCAGUGUUUGUGUGCUUCGUUACGCGGGCAGUGCAUCUGGAGUUGGUUUCCUCUCUGUCCACGGCAGCCUUCAUAGCGGCACUCCGAAGAUUCGUGUCGAAGCGAGGAUUAGUGGCUGAACUGCACUCCGACAAUGGCACCAACUUCAAGGGAGCCGCCAACGAACUGCGUAAACUCUAUGAUCUGCUUAGUUCCUCUCAAUUUCAGGCAGAGGUAACAACUUGGAGCAGCGAACGAGGUUUGAAAUGGAGUUUCAUUCCGCCGGGAGCUCCCCACUUCGGAGGACUUUGGGAGGCAGCGGUUAAGUCAAUGAAGCGUCACCUACAUCGUGUAUUGGGAGACGCAGCAGCCACGUAUGAAGAUAUGGUCACGCUGUUGGCGCAGGUAGAAGGUUGCCUGAAUUCGCGACCUAUCACUCCGAUGUCGGAUGACCCUACAGACUUGGAAGCACUUACACCGGGACACUUUAUCACGGGUUCAAAUAUGCAGCAGGUCCCGGAUAUUGAUCUGCGGGAUAUUCCAGAAGAUUUUACGGAAAUAAUAAUGGACAGAAGCCGCAAACGUGCUGUGGAGAAGCGAGCCGACGAAUUACUGAAGGAGGUUAACGAGGAAAUAGACGUCGAAUGGGAAUCCGGAAAAUUUACAGAGCAGCUUCGCCUACCUCCGGGAGUAUCAACGUUCCGAUGGCCACUUGAUGAUGAGGAUGAUUCGAACUCGCACCAGAUGGUAACGGACGCUGUAAAUAUUGUACAAAGUGUAAGUACUGGUAAUGGUGGUAAUGGUGGUAGUUUAAACGGUGGUGGUAAUAGAAUAGUUCAGGAAGAUAAUGUAGGAGCUAGCGAAGGAAAUAGUGAUAGGGAAAAUAACAACCAAGUUAGAGUAGAUAGCAAUCAUGAAGAUGCAAGCGAUGUUUACUGGGACAAAAAAUAUCACUUCCUCAAUAACUUUGCUAGUUUCGAGGAAGCGUUAAGACAUUUUUUAACUAUUUCUUGCUUGUCCCGUGAACUAGCUAGCCUGCUCCUGGUGAUGUGCUGGAAAUUUCUUAAAUUGAAAUUUCCACGCGACUCACGAACAUUCCUCCAAACUCCCACCCAAGUGUCAGUCGACGGGCUUCCACUUUUUAAGAGCUCGGCUACUCAAUUUUGGCCAGUUCUUAUAAAAGUGGAAGAAUUGCCAGACGCUCCGGUUAUGCCCGUAGCUAUUUUCUGCGGGCAAACAAAACCGGAGAGUGUCGAACAGUUUUUGCGGCCGUUUGUUCAGGAAAUGAACAUUCUUAUGGAAAGAGGCUUGAAAUUCGGCGAUAAAGAAGUACAUUUGUCCAUAAGUGCAUUUAUCGCCGAUUCUCCAGCACGGUCAUACAUAAAAUCAGUGAUGGGAUUUUCCGCCAAGCAUGGUUGCACAAAGUGUACCAUCCUAGGAGUACACAUCAAACCGGAAAAUAAAGUUAUCUUUGACUCCGUGCAUGCCGAAUUGCGUACGGACGCUGGCUUUCGGGCUAGAGAAGACAAGGACCACCAUAAGGGAAUACGGACACCUCUUGAAGACUUGAAAAAUGUAGAUAUGAUAGUCAAUUUUCCAGUUAGCGACCGUCUCCAUCUGAUUGAUCUGGGAGUUAGCCGCAAAAUUCUCAAAGGGUUGCUUAACAACACCUUUGAGCGUUUUGGUCGGUGGUCCUCCCAACAGAAGGACGGCGUGUCUUCGUACAUCGAAUACACUGCUUCCUUCUGA